CCUUUUUGCUCUCUUCUACAUCCUUUUCCCUCCCAUUCUCCUCCCUUUUCUCUUUUCCUAAUUAACUGGUCUAUAUUGCCAUUUAUUCUUCACUAAUUCUGCUUUUCGCUUUGCAGUUGUUCCAUACUUGCAUCCCUUUGUCCACAUACGUUCUGACCAUUCUACGCCGCAAUGGCUACGCCAACGGUAUCAACGCCAGUGAAGUCCCAUCGAGGCAUCUUUGCUUCCAAAACAGCUGGAGGUCGCAUGCCUCUCACUCCGUCUCCUCGUCCUAGAGCUGAGAGCGUCACGUCAAACCACUCGUCCCCGUUCACCCCCUCCCGUGACCCAGCGGAGUUCAGCAAAGAUGACAAGAAGUCUGUCUAUGGAGGAAACCUCACACAAUACUUCACCAAGUCAGUCUCGACGAGAGCUUCUCGGAGUUACCGUGAAUCUCCCAAGUCCAACAUCGCCCGUAUCCGCAAGUCCCCGAAGCACCUGGAGCUGGGUGUUUCGGAGUGGACCUUGACUGGUACUGGUCCCUCAUCCUCGCAGUCUCCUUCGGCCAACGAGCGUACACGUAAAGAGCCCUCCGCACGCAAAGAAAUCUCGACCCGCACACGAUCUGGCAAGACCACGGUUCGCGUUCCGCACAAUGCUGGUGACCGAUUUAUUCCCAACCGCACCGCAAGUGAAGGGCUCGCAACUGCUGGUACUGCGAAGCCGGAGGAAAGCCAGCGCCCAAAGACCAGUGGCAAUGGCAAAGAAGGUUCUUCUGUGCUUGCCAGCGCAGCUAGCGCUUUUGAUAUUGGUGGUCGUGGAAGCAGCGACGAGGAACUCACAGCGGCGCUUGACAACUUGGGCUUGGAAGAUAACGAGGCCUCCACUUCUUCAUACACACGACCAGCACCGGAUGCGGUUGCGUACGAGUCAUCACUGGCCGAUGCCUGUGGUGUGAACCUGAACACCAAAAUCCUUGCCUUCAAGCCUCCUCCGCCCGAGUCGUCCAAGCCCAUUGACCUUCGGGCUCAGUACAACCGUCCUCUCAAGCCUAGCAAGUCACAGUCCGCCCAGUUCCGUCGGAGAAUUCAGACGGCUCCAGAGCGUGUUCUCGACGCCCCCGGCCUACUCGACGACUACUAUCUCAAUCUCCUCGACUGGAGCUCUGGAAACCAGGUGGCUAUUGGUCUCGAGCGCAAUGUCUACGUGUGGUCCGCCGACAGCGGGUCUGUUGACUGCCUGAUGGAGACCUCCCCUGAUACGUAUGUGAGUAGUGUCAAAUGGAGCGGUGAUGGUGCUUAUGUAGGUGUUGGUCUGGGCACGGGUGAGGUUCAGAUUUGGGACGUUGAAGAGGGGACCAAGCUUCGAAGCAUGUACGGCCACGACUCCCGUGUCGGUGUUAUGGGCUGGUCCAAGCAUACUCUCUCCACUGGUGCACGCAGCGGUCUUGUCUACAACCACGACGUCCGUAUUGCCCAGCACAAGGUGGCAGAGCUCGUUUCCCACACAUCGGAAGUCUGCGGCUUGGAGUGGCGCUCUGACGGCGCACAGCUUGCGACGGGCGGUAACGACAACCUGGUUAAUAUCUGGGAUGCCCGGUCCCUCAGCGCCCCUAAGUUUACCAAGACAAACCACCGCGCCGCCGUCAAGGCUCUCAGCUGGUGCCCCUGGCAAUUGAACCUGUUGGCCACCGGAGGCGGUUCGUAUGACCGUCAUAUCCACUUCUGGAACACCACCACCGGUGCCCGUACCAACAGCAUCGACACCGGCUCGCAAGUGACCAGUCUGCGGUGGAGCAACCACUACCGGGAGAUUGUCAGCUCGAGUGGAUUCCCGGACAACUCGCUGAGCAUCUGGAGUUACCCGACCCUGGUCCGCAACAUCGAGAUUCCUGCGCACGAAACUCGUGUUCUGCACAGCUCGCUGAGUCCGGACGGUCAGCUCCUGGCUACCGCUGCCGCGGACGAGAGCUUGAAGUUCUGGAAGGUGUUUGAACGCAAGGCUGGCACCAGUGCUUCGGCUUCUCGCGAAGGAGGUGUUGGUAGCAAGGCGAAGAUGAACAAGUCGAUGACCAUCCGGUAGAUUGCUUUUUGUUAUUCAUUUUCUUUUUCAAGGCGUUUUGGAAGGCUACAGUUCCUAGGUCAUUGGGAGGAGUUGGAUGCACAUUGGAUACUAUUUUGGGGCGCUCUUCUCUUCUUGUAUGGACAUUAGGGACAUUGGAUAUUCUUAGGGUUUCGGGAUUAAUGCACAUACGGUACUCUUUUACUCAUUUACUGCCUAUACCAUUAUCAGGUGAAUUUACAAUAGAUUCUACUACAGAGUACAAUACACUUUGGGACGAGAUCGAUCGACGUGCUGACUAAGCACCGGGGCGGCUCUACUUUCGCCGGGGAAAUCGCAACUUUCCCCUUCCAUCACCCCAAAUCCUCCCGUUGACGCCCAGCCCGUUCGCUGUUCCCCGUCUCCCUCCAGAUCGAAAAGUGCAUUGUUUAGGCCAUCAAACGUGUUGUAUCGUCCGUCGCAAAUCCCUGCUCU